AUGUCCGACAUUCUCGAAGUCCUCCCUGACUUUGACACGAAACCUUACUCGCACCUCUUUUACUCACUUGGAAAGAAUAAUAUCACCAUCAACGAUUUGAUUACGGGUGAUCCCAAAGAGAUCGCUAGAAGAUGCCCACUUCCAUCUGCCGAUGUCGCUAAACUGUGCUCGGAUGUCAUACGGUUCUUGCAAAGUGAUGUACGCGGCAAUCUCAGAAAAAAACCCAGGAUAAACCCUCCCGUGCAUGUGCCUGCUUCAAAGGGGAAGGAUAAGGAUACUACGAGUAUUGAAGAUGCCAAGGCUGAAAGCAUGAAGCCAACCAAGGACGAUACCAGCAGCAGCAGCAGCAGCAGCAGCAGCGCAAAUGGUGGUGUGGAGUCUCAGCCGAGGACUGUUUGCACUCUGCAGAAGGUCAAGACUCUUGAUCCGGCUUUGGACAAGGCCCUCGGCGGUGGAUUUCAACCCGGCCACAUUUCAGAGGUCGUUGGUGAAAGUGCUGCGGGCAAAACACAACUGGUGCUUGGAUUGCUUCUCUCUGUUCAGCUACCCCCUCCAGAGGGUCUCGGCAAAUCAGCAAUGUACAUCUCAACCGAGGCCAACCUCAACACAAAACGGCUUCUGGAAAUGUUGGACUGCCACCCCCGAUAUCGAAAUAUGUACCCUGCUGAGCGACCAUCGAUGGACCAUGUACAUACCACGCUCACCAACAGUCUAGAGGCGCAGGAACACGUUUUACGCUAUCAGCUGCCGGUUGCUGUAGAGAGGUUCAACAUUGGCUUGAUUGUCAUAGACUCAGUAGCUGCAAACUUCCGAGCCGAACACGGAGAUCAUACACCUGCUGGUCUGCGGGAACGGGCGUUAGAGUUGCGCCAGUUGGGAAGCACCCUACGGCAGAUCGCAAUUGAGAGCAACGCCGUUGUUAUCGUCACCAAUCAAGUCUCGGAUCGAUUCGACACUACACGUGCUAAGACGACUCCGCUGAUGCGUCGAUCGCAAUCUCCUGCAUCGUCAUCGUCCCCUACUGUGUAUGGGCCUCAAGCAGUGGCGGCUGCCAGUCAACAUCGGACAGAGAGCCAGAGUCUUGCUCAUCAACAGCGAUUUUUCACCGGCUGGGGCGAUAGGGACGAGUCACCGCACCAGGCACUGAAGACCCCCGCGCUAGGACUUAUCUGGGCUAACCAAAUUUCGGCUCGAAUUGUCCUCAAACUGGAAAGUGAACGUCAAGCGUACACGGGGGGUAACAUUUGGAAGGACAAUAAGAAGAAAAGAUCGCUGGCAGUGGUUUUUGCACCGUGGAUUCCACCGACCGACACCCCCGUUCCGUACGAGAUCUCUAAACAGGGGAUCGUUUCUCUGAGCGAAAAGGAGAAUACAGAAUCUUCUGCGCUGAGUAAGGAGUAUCCUGAGUUGUUGAAUCCUGAAUUCUGGGCGACGGAUGAUGACGAUCUCCUUUGA